AUGAAGAAAGGUAAAACCUAUCGUAUCGAAGGUUAUGCUUAUAACGGAGGCGGGAAUGAGAUAGACAGGGUCGAGAUUAGUUUGAAUGGUGGUGAUACCUGGCUUUACUGUGUGCGCAAGCUCGUCGAGACUACACGCCUAUCACAGGAUACUCAGCGAUACACAUUCGGCCUGUCACCCCCAGCUACAAAGCUCGGACUGGAAACAGGCCAGCAUAUUCAGAUCGGCUUCCAUUUCAAGGAUAGCCUGGUCUUCCGUCCUUAUACUCCAGUCAGACCCGUCCUCGAUAAAGAAGAGGAUGGGACCUUUGACCUCGUUGUCAAGACAUAUUUCCCUGAUGAGAAUCAGCCCGGUGGUACCAUGAGCAAUAUUCUUGAUUGUCUUCAGGAAGGGGAAGAGGUCGAAGUUAAAGGUCCAUCCGGUGCGAUUCGCUAUCAGGGCCAUGGCUGCUUCUCUGUGGAUGAUAAGACAUACACCUUCGACAAUGUUUCGUUGAUUCUCGGAGGAUCCGGCGUUACACCAGGCUACCAGAUCAUUGCGCGAGUUCUUGAAGAUAAGACUGAUAAGACUAAACUCAGAGUAAUCGAUGCCAAUAAGUCUGAAGAUGAUAUACUGCUGAAAGGAGAGCUUGAGCAACUGUCAAAAGAGCACGGGAACCAGUUUGAGAUUGUCCACGUCCUAUCCCAUCCAGGGGACGGAUGGGGUGGUCUCAAAGGACAUGUAAACGAGGAUAUUAUCAAGAAGCAUGCCUUCGAGCCUAGUGAUCGCACUGUGGCACUUCUCUGCGGGCCGCCCACCAUGAUCCAAAAGGCGGUUCUUCCCGUUCUACAAGCCUGGGGAUACGACGAAGAUAAGAACUUGUUCGGUUUCUGA